UGAUACUGAGCACGUGAUACAAACGAUUAAAAAUAUAUUUUUAAGGUGUUAGUGAUCAUUACUCAAGUCAAUAACUUUAUAAAUUACAGAUUUUACUACUUCAAUAAUUACAUUGUUUAUUAUUAACAUUAAUUAAAUAUUAUUUAAAAUGACUAAUAAUGAUUUUGAAAUGUCUUCAGAUCAAGAUUCCGAAGAAGAACUAUUAGAGUUGUAUGCUGCCGGAAAGUUAAAACCAGGAUUAAAUAUACCAGUUGAUCCCAAAAAAGAAUUCAUUAAUAAUAUUGGAGGUUUAAAUGAUGCCUUGAAAUCAUUUCAAAGUAGCCUUCCAUGGUCAGAAAGACUUGAUAUUGUGGCUGAAACGGCGCCUCUAGCUCCUGAACUAUCUAUGGAGCUAACUGAACAGCAGCAAUUUUUAAAAGCAGGCAAAAUUGAUGAAGUAGCUUUAAAUGAUUUUAAGCGUGAAACUAUGUUCCACCGACAUGCUCAAACUGCAGUUAUGACUGGCAUUGAAUUAUUACAUAAGCAUAAUAUACCAACACAUCGUCCAGAAGAUUAUUUUGCUGAAAUGUUCAAAUCUGAUGAACACAUGCAGAAAGUACGACAUGCCCUUUUACAAAGAAAAGUUGAACUUGAACAGACAGAAAAGGUUAGACGUAUACGACAAGAAAAGAAGUUAGCCAAAGAAAAACGGGUUGCUGCUGUCCAAGAAAAACACAAACAAAAAAGAGAUUUGAAUGAAAAUAUUAAAAAGUUUAGAAAAGGAUUAAGAAAUGAUUUAGAUUUUUUAGAAACUGAUGGUAGCAAAAAAAAUCAAAAGCAAGAAAAUUCGAAAGAAAAAAAAAAUCUUACCAGAUCACAACAUAAAAGAAAAGGUAAAGAUGCAAAGUAUGGAUUUGGAGGGAAAAAAAGAGGAAUGAAAGGUAACACUAAAGAGAGUACUUUUGGAGGAAGUAUGAAAUCAAAAGGUAAAAAUAGAGGUAGUAUAAAUAAAAAAAAAAGAAUGUCAAUGAAAAAUAAAUAAUUAUACUUUGUAAAUGUUUUUUUAUCAUAAAAUAAUAAUCAUUUAAUAUUUUAAA